AAGUCUUCACCCUCGGCCACCGAAAGUUGUGGACAGACCGGCCCAAAGGUCUACAACUCAAACCGCUCCACACAAAGACAGAAGCGCGCACACACAGGGGGAGCGCUAGAUGUGGCUUUGUCGGUAGUCACGAGAUAUCCCGCUAGUGCCAAUGAGUUGGAGUCAUCUGGACCAGCACAAAAUCUGUAACCACAAGUAGGUCGACACUGAUGACGAGCACGCACAGUACAAGUUAAGUUUCGUUUCUCCGCCACAGCCUCGUCUGAGGUCUCAUCAUGGCCGACGUGGACGAGACUCAGUUCUCUCUGAUGAGCCUGGAGGAUGAGCUGACCUGCAGCAUCUGUCUGAGUACCUUCGAGGUUCCGGUGACCAUCCCCUGCGGACACAACUUCUGCCAGGACUGUCUCCUCGCCACCUGGAAGGAAACCUACAGCUGUCCUCAGUGUCGGACCCACUUCGCCAACAAACCGGAACUGAGGAAAAACACGGUCCUCAGCACCGUCGUGGAGACCUUCAACUUGAGGUCGACCAAGAGCGAGGCCAGCCUGUUUGAAGAGGAGAAAAAAGUCGGGGAAGAGGAUGUCAUACGUUGUGAUACAUGUAUGGAAGCAGAGGCGUCCCAGACCUGCCUCACCUGCAUGGCCUCCUUCUGCGAGGAGCACCUGCGUCCUCACCGGGAAAACCCAAACUUCGCUGUCCACCAGCUGAGUGAGCCUGUCGGUGACCUGUCGGACCGCAUCUGCCCGGACCACCACAAGCUGAUGGAGCUCUUCUGCAGCCAACAUGGCCGUCCAAUCUGCAGCCUCUGUCUCCAACAUGUCCACAAAGGAUGCUCCUUCACCUCUCCAGAGGAGCAGAGGAACCUGAAAGAGUCCGAACUCAGAGACAAGUUGGGUUUGCUGGACGGGAAGAUUGAGAAGACUGAGACUGUUGUGUUUCAAAUUAAUGACAUGCAGAGCAAGCUGAAGGAUGGAGCAGCCAAAAGAAAGUCAGCAUUAGCAGCUGUGUAUCAGCAGAUGCGGGAUAUGUUGGCCCAAGAGGAACGCGAGGGCCAAAAUGGGGUGGACUGCGAGCUGGAGAUUGGUCAGACCAAACUUCGGGACUACAUGAAGAAGUUAACCGACAAUAAUGCGAAGAUGAGACAAGCCAGAGAAGAUAUCAUCAAUAUGCUGAGUCAGUCCCAAGCCCCGGCUUUUCUACAGGCUUCAUUUGACUUGCCUAGGGUUAUAAAGUUUGACCCUUACGUGCCCCGAAUCAGCUUGGACUCCAAGAAGGUGACAGCAACACAGGCCUUUGCUGUUGCACUGAAGGAGCUUCUGACAGACACCCUUAAGCAGCCUGUUGAGGCCAGACUGCCAAUUAACAAACCAGCUGCAUGUGCAGGGUCGGCUGAGGCUCAGCAGGUAGAAUGGGUCAUCUACCGAAUGCAUGGUGAAAAAGCAGCUCCUGUCUCAGGACCUGAAAUUAGUGGAACUACUGGAUCUCAGCAAGAAUUUGGAUUACUAGAGACCCCAGGGCAUCGAAGACCGCCCAGGUCUCACAGUCCAGGUUGUCCACCCAUUCGGCAAUACUUCCAGCCAGUUCCUGUACCUGUUUUUCCCUAUAUGGGCACACAGACGGGCUGGAAUUCACCUCAGUACAGACAUGGCAUGUCUGGUUUUAAUAGGCCUGAUCCUUCUAGGCCAGGACAAAGGACAAAGCAAGGCAAAAAGCAACCCAGCGCCCCAGGUGGAAAUGAGCCAGGCGCCACUAAGAAAGAUAAUCCCAAAAGCCAUCCUGCUUCACAGAAAUCAACUCAACGCCACCCAAAGCCUACGAAAAAUAAAUAGAUGCAGCAGCAGAUGUAUUUGCUUCUGCAGUCCUGAUUCAAUGAGGGACUUGGAAAUGUGGAGAUUAUCUGUCAGUCACAAAACAGGGAAUGGCACUAUACUUUUGCUUAAAUAAACUUUAUACACAUGAGCACAGACCCAGCCUUUGGAACUUAUUGGCACUACUUAAAAUAAUAGUUACUCAGGAUUGUUGUAUGAUAUGUUCUCACAUUUAAUUGGAAAUGAUUCAUAGAGGGUGGUAGCAGUUGUUUGGAAAUGAACACAUCAGAUAUUCAGCUCUCUUGAGCUCAGUGUUUGUUACAUUGGUUGAUUAACAAAUCCCAAUAUGAUGACAUCAGUGUGAUGGUUUUACAAUUUAAUUAAAACACAGACACAGGGCUUAUAUGAAAAUAUUUAUGGGAAUGUCUUCAGAUUCAAAAGAUCGCUUAAUUACAUUCAGUUCAAUCAAAAUCAUUUUAGUCAUCUGUAGUAGCAAACUCAGCAAACCCUCUUAACUAACAUUUUUGUAAACAGCAAUGAUUUACAUGAUUGUUAC